AUGACGAUGUUGCAUCAUUUCCUUUUUCGAGUUGCUGCUGCUGCUGGUCACAUCAGCUGGACAACCUACGCUCCAUCUAAUGCGCUUCUUAGCCAUCACAGCAUUCUUAUCUCCAAUCUCAUUCAAAAUGAAUAUCGUCGAUACAACUCAUCCGAUGUUACCGGUGUAGCAUUUUCUCCUCUUCCUGAUGCAGAACUCAAAAUUCAACUCUAUUACAAAGCACAAGAAAUCAAAAAGCGUAAAGAAAAAUUAAAACAAAUAGCACAAUCCAUAUGGAAUAAGAAACCGAAUGUGGAUUAUGCUCGAAUUACUUUGAAUGAAUGUAAGACAAUGUACGAAGAACAUACUGGUCAUGUACCUUCUCCAUGGGAAGCAAAACAAAUCUACAGUGUAACACUGGAACAAUAUGCACCAUGGCGUCAUUUUCAAGAAGAAAAAGAAAGA